AUGGGGUCUCGAAUCCCUUCGCACCAGCUCAGCAAUGGGCUAUACGUCUCGGGCCGGCCAGAGCAGCUCAAGGAGCGCCCUCCAACAAUGGCGUCACGGGCGGUGCCCUACACUGGCGGAGACAUUAAAAAGUCCGGCGAGCUCGGAAAAAUGUUUGACAUCGCCGUCGUCGAUAACGCCCCGCCGCCGAAGCCCCCUCGCCCUUCAUCGUCGUCCCAGCAGAACAGCGGAUCUGUCAGAUCCGGCCCGAACUCUGGCCCGCAAGGAGCCAAAUCGUCCAACUCCGGCCCGAUCUCCCGGAAAUCGUCUGGUCCGUUGAUGCCCACUGGGCUCAUCACCUCUGGUCCGCUGGGUUCGUCAGCCGGGCGGCGGUCGGGGCAGCUGGAGCCGAGCGGUUCGAUCGGAAAGGCUGUGUACGGCUCGGCCGUAACGAACUUGAACGAGGAGGUGAAGCUAGGGCUCAAGGUGUCGAAGCCUGUAAUGUGGGUGUUCUUGGUCGUGGCUGUGAUGGGACUGGUUGUUGGGGUAUUUUUGAUGGUGGCGGUGAAGAAGGCCGUGAUUUUGGUGGCGCUAGGGGGAAUUCUGGCGCCGGUGGUGCUGGUGGUUAUUUGGAACUGUGCAUGGAAGAGGAGAGGGUUGUUGGGGUUCUUGAGGAGGCAUGCAGAUGCUGAGCUCAGAGGUGCUGUUGAUGGACAGUAUGUGAAGGUCACCGGGGUCGUCACCUGCGGUAGCAUUCCUCUUGAAUCAUCUUUCCAGAGGGUACCAAGAUGUGUCUAUGUUUCAACAGAGCUGUAUGAGUAUCGAGGAUGUGGUGGAAAAUCUGCAAAUCCAAAGCACCGUUUCUUUUCGUGGGAUGUAGGCAUCAAGAGGUUGAACUCUACUUUUAAUUGUUUAUGUGGAUUCAUUUUUAUUGAUGGGAAAGCUAGGCCAGCCUUUGUUAGGCUAGCAAAAGCUGAGGUGGUGGCACAGCAGAAAUAUGUGGCCGAUUUUUACGUGUCAGACUUCCAGUCUGGAUUGAGAGCUCUAGUGAAAGCAGGCUAUGGAGCUAAGGUUGCUGCAUUUGUCAAACCAACUACAGUAAUUGAUAUAACAAGGAAAAACAAAGAGUUAUCUCCAAGUUUCCUGCACUGGCUUGCUGACCGCAGCCUGUCAAGUGAUGACCGCAUAAUGCGUCUGAAAGAAGGGUAUAUUAAAGAAGGAAGCACAGUGAGUGUCAUGGGGGUUGUGAGACGCCAUGAUAAUGUUCUUAUGAUUGUCCCUCCAUCAGAGCCAGUUUCAACAGGCUGCCAGUGGCUCCGCUGGCUCCUCCCAACGUACAUCGAAGGGCUAAUUUUGAUUUGUGAUGAAAGUCAAAUGGUGGAUGUGAUUCCUGUGUAA